UCUCUCUCUCUCUCUCCCACAGAUGCUGCUGCUGGGUCACGCUUCCAUUCAGUCUAUUAAUAAUAACAGAGUCAGAGCAGACGCACUGAGGACCGGAGCAGAGGGGGAUCACCUCGUUUUCAAUCUGCAGCGCAUCAAUAAUGUGACAUACACUUUGGCCUUUUUACGCACGUUUUUUGUUCGUCUUUUACGCACCGUUUAUUUUUCAUACAGGUGCCUUUGUCUCGAUCAUCUCUGCGCUGCUGGCUCACUGGUGUCUGGCUCCGCUUUAUUACCACCUCCACCAUCAUCAACAUCGACCAUCUGCACAGGCGGCUGCGGCUUGUUGGUAAACACGCAUCGGAUCCCGCCGGCGAGGACUCUCCCCCCACACCUCUGGUGCAUUGAUGCACCCGUUUCAGUGGUGUAACGGGUGCUUCUGUGGUCUGGGACUGGUUUACGCCAACAAGUCGUGCACCAUGCCGCCCAUCACCUUCCAGGACCUGCCUCUGAACAUCUACAUGGUCAUCUUCGGGACGGGCAUCUUCGUCUUCAUCCUGAGCCUCAUCUUCUGCUGUUACUUCAUCAGCAAACUACGACACCAAGCCCAGAGUGAGCGGUUUGGAUACAGGGAGGUAGUUUUAAAAGGAGAUCCAAAAAAGCUGAAUCUUCACGGGCAGACAUGCGCCGUGUGUUUGGAGGACUUCAAAGUGAAGGACGAGCUGGGAGUGUUGCCAUGCCAACAUGCUUUCCACAGGAGGUGUCUGGUGAAGUGGCUGGAGGUUCGCUGCGUCUGCCCCAUGUGCAACAAACCCAUAGCCGGCCCCCCCGAGCAGCACCACAGCAUAGGCACUCUGCUGGAUGAACUGGUUUAACCUCUCAACACCUCCCCAGCCUGGGUGGUGGUGGUGGUGGGGGGCACACUGGACCCUGGUCAAACCAGCUGGUAUAAGUUAAAGACCAAAAGGGAAGAGGGACACGGUUUUGCAUUUAAAACACAGCAAAACACCAACAGGAUGAUACUAAGUUGGGGUAACCUAGUUACCAUCCGGAGGAAGACUCAGAAGAAUGCUGUUGCAUAGCAACCAUCUCGGAGAUGGCAACACGACACCUUGUGGUGUCUGAGAGAUUAUCUCCAGCCGCCCACACAUCACUCCAUCACUCUUCUUUUCAACAUCCCCCCUCUCCACCCAAUCCUUCACAUCUCCUCCUGCCGCCUCGAGUGAGGUUAAUGGUACCACUGGAGCGGAAGAGACACAGUUUUGUUUUUCACAGCGAUGUGGACGAAUCAGUGUUGACGGAUGAAAGCGUCGGGAAGGAGGGUCCCCUGUGAGCAUGUCUGAUUGUUUGUAUGUGAUGGUGGGCACUGAUGUGGAGUAAUAUCAGUAUUAGUGGGUGACGUAACUCUUUAGGAAAAUGGAUCCUUUAUUCUCUCAGAUAAGAAAUUGUGAGAGAAAACUUUAAAUUGAUAAUUUCUGCAUCCCUAACAGUAGCUCAAGGAAACAUUGACAGAAGUUAAACUGCUGACAAAACAGAAAAUUCUAACAGUUGAUAAAAAAGAUAAACCAGUAGAACAACAAUUUAACAGAGGCCAGAGGAGAAUAAAUAAUACUGAAGUGAAGCCACAGACAUGGUUGAUUAAAUCUGCUUUCAAGGAUAUUAGAUUAUAAAUUGAAGUCACAAGGGAAAAAUGAUGGAAAAGGUGGAUUCACGCCUCAUCAGUCAGAACUAAAUUAUUCAUACGCUCCCAGAAGAAGCUGCAGGAAAUUAAUACGUGUUUUUAACCAAGUCCUCUCACAAUGCCACUGAUCCUGAUGAUUUAAGCAUGAAAUCCAUGGGGGUGCCCACCUCUGCAGUGAUAUCAUGUAUGUUCUUCAUACUGUACAUGCUCCAGUUGCUUUUAUUCCACUGGGAUGUUUUAUUGUGUUAAUAUAAAUGGAAGGAACUUUCUCCUCCUGCCUCUCACUGUAACACUUUGAUUCUUUGUUAGAAAAUGUUUUUUUUUUUUUAGAUAUUGCACUUUGAAAUUCUCAAAAAAAAUGAUUCUAUGCGUCUGUCUGUCUAAUAUUUUAGACAAAGGCUCGGACGCAACACAGCAGGUCCCUGUUUUCAGGUGUGGUGAAUCUUUUAUAAACGUAUAUAUGAAGCACCAGGGAUGCUGCUUCAUCUAAAGAAAAGGGAAGCAGCCGUGCAGACCUGAGGUCUUGUUCCGUGAAUUCAUCUGGGAAGCAACAAAAUCUCACUUUCAUACACGGUUUUGAGGCAUUAUUUCUCUUGAUUCUGUUUUACAUGCCUUGGUUGUGUUUUUUGUUAUUUACAUUGAUUAAUGAAGCAAGACACUGCCAAAAUUUAGCACAAAACUCACAAAGCACAUUUUACAGUAGGCACUUGUACUGUAAUCCCACAGACACACACACACACACACACACACACACACACAGAGUUGACUUCACAUCCGUGUGCCAAGAAAAUAAAAAUAAAAACGUCCUGUUGCACAUGAGCCGGAGAAAACGUUCGCUCUGAUUCUGACCACAUUCCACGUUUUGUAAACCAACAGAUGUAAAUAACUUGGAACAAUAAUAAAUACAGUUGUCUGUUUUGCGCA